AAGUCGAGAAAUUUUAUAUUUUCCUCAAAGACCAAGAUGAAGAUUAACUGCAAGACCUCCCUCUCCCUUUUCAUUGCAAUACUUUGGCUCCUUUUACCAGCUCCAAUCAAUGGAUCAAUGAUUGGAGAAGGACCUUACACAACUUAUGCUACCCUGGGGUCUACUGCAGGAGUCAGCAGUAAGUGUUUGGAGAGGAAGCUAAGGAGCAGCUCUCAUACUAUUCGUAUACCAACUGGUUUCCCUAUUGGUAGCAGUGUCCAGCAUAAAGCUUAUGUGUCUGCUAAUGGUGUCAUUUCAUUUGAGAAGCCAAUAAAAUGCGGAGAUGCUUCACCAUUCCCAACUAACUUGACUAAUGUAGAGAAUGGCUUUAUCGUAGCACCUUACUGGAGUGACUCUGACAUUAGAAGUACUGGCAGUGUCUGCUAUGAGGUUCAUGAUGACAUCAAUAGCUCACCUUUGAUGAGGACUGUCUCUGAUAUCGUUCAUAAAUUGACUGGAACAAGUUACAAUGGAUAUUGGUUGAUGGUGGCACAAUGGAGGAAUGUUCAUCCUUUUCCUCAUGGUGCUAGCUUUCUUGGACAACUGAACAGUGACAUUCAAUCAUUUGCUAAUAAGGUGAACAGUUAUCAAGCCAUUAUAAUCACAGAUCACGUCAGAUCUUAUGCACUCUUCACAUACAGAUGUAAUGAUCUCCAGUGGUAUGGAUACAUGAAAAAUGCAAUAAUUGGCACAAAUACUGGAGGAGGGUCUCAGUACAAUAAUUACAAUGUCAGUAAUUUUAAGGAAAUAGUCUGUAUCAAUAUGCCUGACUCAGAAUUUUAUUCUAUUGUCUACCAGUUAAGCUCACCUGGUUUUUCUAGCUCCAAUCAAACCAAGUAUCAAGAAUGUAGCAAUUAUUAUUAUGAAGAUAUUGCUAAGUAUGGAAGUAAUGACGUUUUAGCUUCACAGGCACAGGGUCUGCCUCCUUGUCCUUGCUCAGGACAGCAGGCUCAACUGGACGGGAUGUGGAGAGAGAUCAAAACUGGAUUAAACUGUUACAAUUACAAGUUUCCAUCAUCUACUAAUGCAACACAAAGAUGCUGCUAUUCAACAGACUCUACAGGAUGGGGUGCAUUAAAGACAGCUCAAUCAACAGAUCAAUAUGGGACUAACAUGAUAGUCUACCAUGAGAAUGCUGCCAAUGUCACUGAUACUGGAUCUGAUGAAUACUUUCGUAGUAUCUGCUGCUCUAAUGGAGUAGGCCUCUGUUCACUUUAUUAUGCAAGAAGACCACCUAAUGAUUGUACUGGAUACACUCCAUCAAGCUGGGGCUGGGGUUAUGGUGAUCCACAUAUGAUGACAUUUGAUGGUACAAACUACACUUUUAAUAAUCUUGGUGAAUUUUAUCUCUUAAAACUAAGAGAUAGGUCAUUAAUUAUUCAAGGAAGGACAUCAUUAGUUACUGAUACUGGACUCUCUAGUGUAGCCAAUGCUAAUGCCACACAGUUUACUUCAAUUGCCUUUCGUAAUGGAGCACAUACAAUUGAAUUUAACGCAACAAGUGGAGGAAUCAGAACUUACUACAAUCAAGGGAGAAACAUUACUUCAGCUCUUUACAAUGUUGGUUCUUUCCUUUAUCCUGACAAGACUUUUGUGAUAUCAAGAGAAACCACAGAUACAUUGCUAAUAGCAUUUGCCUGUGACAUAUGGGCCAGUCUGAGCAUAACAUCAGGUGUACUGCAUUUCAGAGUGUCUGUACCUACCAAAUACAAGUCAAAUACAUUUUCUUUGCUUGGUUAUUAUAAUGGGAAUCCAAAUGUUGAUUUAGUGAGGAAGAAUGGACGUAUUGUGAAUCCUACUCAUGACAAUAAUGUAUAUUACUUCGCUGAAGAUUGGAGAGUUGAAUCAGAUUCUGAUUCAUACUUCAUUGAUCCUAAUCCAACUCCAAUUCAAAACUUUGUUCCAGUCAUGGUCUCAAAUGCUAUUUCUAGUGCAGGUCAAGAAGCUCUUGUACAGUGUGGUUAUGACACAGCUUGUACAUAUGAUGCAGUGCUGACAGGAUCAAUCUCACUAGGCCUCACUAGUUUACGGGUUCAUAGUUUAAACAUUGCAGAUCUGGCAAAACUGACUAAUUUUCCUCCAAAUAUUACUGGUGAUCCAGUUGCUAGCUUCGUAGCUGCUUCUGGAGCCAAACUAAGUUAUAAUUUCAGUGUCACAGACACUGGCUCCUUCACUGUUGUACUAGCAAACAUCACAAACUCUGAUCAUGUUGGACAAUUGAACAAAUUAAGUACUGGUUCAGUCAAUGGUACUACAGUAGAGAAAUGGGAGUAUUCUUUUGAAUGGGGACCCAGUAAUACAACCAAUUUCUCUGUUACUUUUAUAGCUACAGACUCAAGCCAUGCAGCCUCCAUAUUAGAAGUAAAAGUUCAAUUAUGUUACUGUCUCAAUGGUGGUAGCUGUUCAGAUGAACAUAUCAAGGAUCUAACUUCAUCAACGAUACUCUUACCAUGUGAUUGCUCAACAGAUGUGUGGGAUGGUGAGUAUUGCCAGUCUGAUGCUAAUGGAUGUGAUGAUUGUUCAUGUUAUGAUGGAGUCUCCUGCACUGAUAAUGUGAGUCCAUUGUCUGGUGUGACAUGUGGGGCUUGUCCUGCUGGUCUAUUCAAAGGAGAUGAGAGAUGCAUUGAUAACUCAACAAGUAAUAAUGAUGAUGAUGAUGAUAAUAAUAAUAAUAAUAAUAAUACUAAUAACAACAACAACAACAACAAUGGGAAUAGUAUUGACAGCAGUAGUUCCAAUGUUACAUACAUGUGCAGUAGUCGCUUGGAUAAAGUCAAUAAGCUCUCACUUAUAAAUGGAUCAACACAAUAUUCCUGUACUGGAGGAUACAAGCUUAUGGUAUCAAGUAUGACAUCCAAUGCUACUACAUGUGAAUCAUCAGUUUAUGAUUGUACUGGAGGAUCUUGUAUUAAUGUUUUUACAGAUGCUGAUUGUAAUUGUCCUUCAGGUAGCAUAGUUACUAAUGGGAUUUGUGCUGCAAAAGAUGAUUGUUUUUUGAGUUCAUUGACUCCAACUAUAGACUGCAAUAAUAACAUUUGUCCCCUUUAUGAUGGAGGCUAUCAAUGUAGCAGCAUUUCAAAUUCAUUUGCUAGCUGCACAAGUACUAAUACUGUUUCUAGCUCUACUACUACUGCUUCAUAUGCAAUUACAACUUCUAAUGUUCCUCCUACUACAACGACUAUCCCUGAUCCAGGAAAAAGUCACCCCAAUAUGUUGAUACUGCUUCUACUGAUACUGAUUGUACUAGUUGCUAUUGUUAUAUGUAUAGUACUCUUCCUACUGAUAAUUGUCUGCAGGUCUAAUAGAGGCCCAAACAGGAUAAUGAUUGGUCUCCAUAGGAGGGUUCAUGUUCAACCAGCCGGCUUUGGUGUUAAUGGUAGGGAACUUCAAGUGAUUCAGAAUCCUCAUGCUAAAAGAGGGCUCAUUAGUAUGGGAAUAUUGGAAGGAGCUAAAGCAAUGACUGCAGUUGCUACUGUUGCCACUGUCAGUAAUGCAUUGGAAGUGGUGAGUUUGGAUGGAUCAGACCCAGAAGACUGGUGAGGAGCAGAGACUGGACCUUGUGCAUGAUUCAUCACUUAAACUAAUAGAUGUAGACUUGAACAAUAAUAAAUAAUAUAAUAAUAAUACUUUAAUCUUUAAUAAUGAAUAAUAAUUAUAAUUUAAA